GUAGGACAAGUUGUUUCUCCCAUGCUUUGGUGCAUUGACCUUAGCUCCAGUAUCCCUCCGCAGACCCCUGUCAGACCCUUGGAAAGUAACGAGUUCAGAAGAGACUCAUUGUUUCACUGGAAACAAGGCAAAGCAAAGUGUUUCCAGUAACGUCACGGGGACCAUACUAGAGUUUUGUUGGAAGUUAGAAAGUUUUGCAGCCUCCAGAGGGCUGUAGCGGCAGUAGCAGAAGCAGCAUCCAAGGGAGCUCCUGGAAGGGAAGAGCGAGCGAGGAGCGCCUGCCUCAGCCCUGCUGCAGAGAGCUGAUUCGGGACGACGGAGGCGGCCAUGGAACAUCAGCUGCUGUGCUGCGAGGUGGAGACCAUCCGACGAGCCUACCACGAUGCCAACCUCCUCAAUGACAGGGUGCUGCAGACGAUGCUGAAGGCGGAGGAGACCUGCUCGCCCUCCGUCUCCUACUUCAAGUGCGUGCAGAAAGAAAUCUUGCCAUAUAUGAGGAAAAUAGUUGCCACUUGGAUGUUAGAGGUUUGUGAGGAGCAGAAGUGCGAAGAGGAGGUUUUCCCCUUGGCUAUGAAUUAUUUGGACAGAUUUUUGUCGUUUGAACCCCUCAAGAAAAGUCGGUUGCAAUUGCUCGGAGCUACCUGCAUGUUUGUGGCUUCAAAAAUGAAGGAAACUAUUCCUCUGACUGCGGAAAAACUGUGCAUUUAUACAGAUAAUUCCAUCAGGCCGGACGAAUUACUGCAAAUGGAGCUGCUUCUGGUGAAUAAGCUGAAAUGGAAUCUGGCUGCAAUGACCCCCCACGAUUUCAUUGAACAUUUCCUUACUAAAAUGCCUCUCGCAGAGGACACCAAGCAGAUCAUCCGUAAACAUGCUCAGACUUUUGUGGCUCUGUGCGCUACAGAUAUUAAAUUUAUUUCAAACCCACCUUCCAUGAUUGCAGCUGGCAGUGUGGUAGCAGCAGUGCAAGGCCUGCAUCUGGGGAACACUAACACUUUCCUCUCCUAUCAAUGCCUCACACACUUCCUAUCACAAGUUAUCAGAUGUGAUCCGGAUUGUUUACGAGCCUGCCAAGAACAGAUUGAGUCCCUCCUUGAAUCCAGUCUACGUCAGGCACAGCAGCACAACGUAUCUUCAGAAACAAAGACUGUAGAGGAUGAAGCAGACCUUUCCUGCACACCUACUGAUGUGCGAGAUGUGAACAUUUAAGAGGACUUCUAAAGGGUUUGCUUGGCCAGAAAAAGCAGACAAAGAAAGGGCAUCUGAGAAGGAAUCAGCAUCAGGAUCUCCCCCCCCCAGAAACCCUUUUCUUCAGGACAUUUUUAUACCAGAAGGGAAAAUCAGUCUUGUUAUAUUUUUUCUUGCUCUGUCUCCCUUCCAUCUGUGACUUCAAACAAACAAAUAAACAAAAAAUACCCCCAAAACUGUCUUUAAAAAAAAAAAAAAAAGAAAAAAAAUAGUAUUCGCAUUACCCACAGGGGUUUGUGCUACAAAAAUAGAGGAUUUUAUACAAUAAUAAUCAACUAGUUUUUAUAUUAAAGUGUUCUUGUCUGUAUGUUGUAAAAAUAGGCAUUAACACACAAAAUGUCUCCAGGGGAGGUAUUAGAUUUGAUUUCUUACAUAUAAAACAAACCAGCCAACCAUUUUUAAAGUAGAAGAGGGUUGUUUUUUUUUUUCUUCUCUGAUAGUAAAUGAAACACUUUUUUUUUUCUUUAAAAAACAUAGCUUUAACGCAGUUCUAGGCUUUUCUGUAUCUUGCUUGCUUAUGCAUUUAGUCACUUUAUGAUUCAUUUGUAAAUGUUUAUUUCCUUAGGUUGUUUUUUUUUUUAUCAUCCUCUUCACCUUACAAAUGGUUCACAUAACCCAUAAGUUAGUAUAUGGUAGUAUGCAGCAUUGUUUUAUGUUAAUCUUUUUUUUUUUUUAGUGCCUGUGGAUUGCCUGUGCAUAAGGCAUUUAUAGGGUUCCAGCUUAGCAUUGUUGGAAAAGGCCAAUGUACUACUCAUACAGUACUCUAGAGAGUAAGAGAAACCGAAAUAGUGACAUAAUAUAUUCUAUUUUUGUAAUUUCCUAUUUUUGUAGUUACCUAUGUAAAAAUGCUGGUCUGACCCCACAGAUACUCAGCCUAUUGAUGUUCAGGUUCAAUCCACAGUUCAGUCUUUUAUUUUGUUGUUUGUUUGUAAUAUUCUAAACCCAUUCCAUUCAAAGCACUUUCAGUCCAUUAGAUAUAGGAAAUUCUUUUAUUGUGUGGGAAAUAUUUUUUUUCUUUUUUUAAUGGAAUGGUUUGGAAAUAUAUAAGUGCUUGUUCGCAAACUUGGAAUUGCAAAGCAAGUGCAUUUAACUAUGGUGUUAGAGGAGAGGUGAUAUUUUCUUUCUGAAGGUUGUGUUCCAGUAAGAGAAAUUGCAUUCACAAAUUGCCAGGAGAUAUCUUCCUAUCCUUUUCUAUAGAAAAGUUGAAGUUUAGAAUCCUUUGGUGCCAACUCAUCUUUAUAAAAUUAGGGGGCCUUAAAGGUUCACAUAUAGGACACAUAGUUUUAAGGACUGUCACUAGAUGUUUUACAGCUGAAGGUUUUUAAACACUAAAAUAUAUAAUUUAUAAUUAACGCUAAAAAGAAGAAUAUUUAUUGCAGAGGAUGUUCAUUAAGGCCAGUAUGAUUUGUAAAUUAAUGCAAUCGCCCCUUUUUGUUUUUGAAAGAAUCUUUCUCCCCUUGACUUUGCAGUUUUAACAGAGCUUAUUAAAGAAGAAAGGACAUGCUUCAAAGCGCAAACCCAAAACAAAGCAGUCUGCUCGGCCCCUUCCUAUCCAUGUUCAAAAGCAGUCUAACCACACAACAAAACGCCAUAGUCAAGAGAUAUGAGAAUUGGAGUACUUGAAAGAAGGUUUUUACUCCAGUAUAUAUGCCCCUUUUUAUUUAGCUACAAAUAGAAAAUUUGCACAUCUUGGGCUAUGUAUCAUUUUAUUAUUAUUUUAGAAAGUAGCUGAAGGGACGUGGACAUAGCUGUUGAAGUUGAUGCUCGAGGAGAAUGUGAUGGUGAAAUGUAUGUGAGAAAACUGCCGCUAAGGUGUUGAUUGUAAGAAAACAACCCAACAAAAUGACAAAAAAAAGGAAAAAAAAAAAAAAAGGAAAAAAAAACCCCUUAAACAUUAAAACAAACAAAAAAAAAAAGGAGUGGAUGCUCCAUUUUUAUUGAGCUGCUAUGGAUAAAUUCCCAGCAUGGUUUGAAAAAAAAAAAAUUAACAUUGCUUUUCUGUAUCAUUGUCAUUGUGUUUUGCUGCUAUUCUGUGGAUCAGUUUGGUUUUUUUUUGUUAUACAAUGUCAUAUACUGCCAUGUUAUAGGUUUUAAUUUUCUCAUAGAAAAUUAUAUUAUUGACAUCACUUUUUUUUGGUAGGUUUUUUAUGUGAUCAAUUUUUACUUAAUGUGAUUACUGCUCUAUUCCAAAAAAGGUUCCUGUUUCACAAUACCUCAUACUUCAGUUAACCAUGUCUAGACCAGGUUUUAAUGUUUGUACACAGUGCCUCAUAGUUCUACUGCAGACGGAAAUGCAUCGAAUGGGUCUCGCAAUUUGCAACUAGGUUGCGUUAACUUAAAACCAGCAGACAUUUCAGAACAUCAAGUAAUGUCAUGUUGUUUUAAUGCAUUUUAUAAAGCUGGAUUCUUUUUGUCUGACCUGGGUUUUAUUAUAGUAGUUUGAAGCUGUGUUAUUAGCCACAUUGAUAUAUGAAAGGUGCAUUAUAAUGUAACUCUUGGAUGCCACCUGAUGUGGUUUCCCAGCAGUUGGAACACAUCAUUUGGUAUGACAGGUUAUCUUCUGGAACUCUUAAGUAUUGUGUUUAAUCUGUUAUGAUAUACUAGGGUUUUGUUUUUGUUGUUAUUUUUUUUUUUAAUUAUAGUGUAAUGCUAAUUUAAAAGGCCUGUAAAUCUCAUAAAUAAGCCAGCUAACAGAGUUGUAUGCUGAAGAAUAAUCUAGCUGUUGCCUGUAUGCUGCUAAACCAAAACAGAAUUAGAACUCAUUCUGAGGCAAAUGCAGUUAAGAUCCUACAUAGUGCAUAAAUAAAGCAUUGCAAUGCUACUAGCAGUCGCAGGACCCAGGAGGACUGGAUACAUUCUGUCCAAAUUUCAGGAACAUUUCUAACUGCUUACCUCAUGAAACACUUCUGUUUGUGGCAUCUCUGUGUCUCUGAACCAAACAUGAUUAUUGAGUUAGUGCUUGUUGGUUAUAAUUACAUGUUACACUGAGUGGCAGUGUGUACUGCAAACUUCUUUAAUAAAAUAUUGUAUGUACUAAAAGGCCAAAUCCAGAUUAAGUGGGUUCAUGCGCCAACAGAGAUGCUUUAUUUGUCACAUUAUUAUAACAAUCUGUAGUAAGCAAGCAAUUCAGAUUUGUACAUUUUUAUAUUGUACUUAUUGGCAUCACUGGUCUGAAAUGCACAUUUUCACCAACAGACCUAAAACAGACAAGUUUCCAGUGGAAAAAACCUAAAAUCUAGAAAUAAAAUUGGUAAAACCCAA